GCCGCUGUCGCCGUCUGUUCCGUCCUGCCGCCGCGUCCUGCGCCGGUGCAGCAUCGCUCCGAGAUCGUCUCGACGCUGACGGACUGAGCUUUCCACCGACAAUGGGGCAUGAAAGGUGGGCGGCGUGGCGGCGAGUGGUGUCAGCGCGUCCAUCCCUCCCCUCGGGCCGGCGCGCUGUUGGUUGGGCCCAAGAAGAUGGCGUCGGGGCGCGGGUGCGUGUCCCCCCCCGGUGCUCCAGCCCCGCGCCCGCCCUAGCUGGCGCCGGGAGGCAGCGGCGACCCCCGGGAGGCGAUGGGCGAGUGGGAGCGGGUGUUCCGGCAGCACCGGCCGCUGCCGCCGCACCCGCAGCGGGGCCGGGCCCGGCCCCCGCCCCGCUCCGCCGCCUUCCGCUGCGUCCUCAAGCACCUGCACGGCGCUGCCCUCUGCCAGGGAGCCGAGUACCAGCUGCGCCUCUCCCUUUUCGAUGCCACCUACCACCACUUCUUUGGGAGGACGUGGAGGAGCAGCUGGAGAGCUGCCAGCCCUGCCCCACCACGCUCAGCCAGGGCCACCUUCAACGAGGUCGUUUAUUUCCACACCUCCUUGAACCACCCUGGCAUUGCUGCUGUUGUGGAAGUGGUAAUGAGAGCUGGGAAAGGGGAUGGGGGCUCUCAGCACCUUUCCUUUGGCUUUGGGAUCAUCCCCCUCUUCCACGGCGGAUCAGAGGUGACAGAGCCGGCCACUGAGGACAGAGCGCUGAAGCUGUACCAUGGGACACCACGUGCCCUACUGCACCCACGCUUCCAGGACCCUGUGGAAAAGAACAAAUACAUGACAGUGAUGGAGAAGAGCCACCUGCAGUAUGGCCUGAAGUCCCACCAGCCCCUGGAGGCAAUAUUUCACCUCCUUCCCGAAAACCUGCUGAUAUCUGGGCUGCAGACUGUUCCUGGCUUGCUGCCAGCACGUGGAGACACAGGUGACUGCUUGCAGAGGCCCCGGCUGAUGAAGACGGUCACCUGCUAUCUGGAGCGGCUUUUCAUCCAGUUGUACCCUUCCCUGGAGGAGUUUGAGGAGGAACUGCUGGAUUUACUGAACAGUGAUCGCUUACUUCAGGCUAACACUGCCCCGGAUGGUGAAGAGGUGGUGGUUCGGGAGCGGCGGCUGCACGUCGGCGUCCACAACGGGCUGCGCUUCGUCCAGGCUCCGCAGGUCGCUGUGCUGGUGCCAGGGGCAGAAUUGUCACCAGGUCGCUGCCAGGGGGUGCCCAGCUCUAGAGCUAGGGAUGCAGGUCAAGCCCUGGUGCUGAGGAGCCGCAUCCAGCUGAGUGAAAUGGUUCCUCACCCGGCAUUCAGAGUCUGCUUCCAGCUGGAAUAUGUCUUCUGCAGCACAGGGAGAGCUGGUGGCAAGGCCCUGUCCGGCAGUGCCCGCAGUGAGGCGGCCGACAUGCGCUCGGUGCGCUGGGCUGUCUGGAGCCCUGUCCCAGGCACUGGUGACACAGAUGUGACCCUCCCCCUGCGUGGUGGCGCCUGCCGUGGCCCCUGCCAAACCUUGGUCUACAGGACCCCCCCGAGCUCCCGGCAGGGGAAGCACGUGGAGUCUGGGACUGUCCAAUUCCAUGUUUCCACUGAUUCGGAAGAACAUCUUGUAACUGCUGCAGAGAUCCUAUGUAAAGACAGGGACGAGUCGAAGAAGCCUCCUACGCCAUCGCUGAGAGUGCCAGCCCCACGGCGAACACCAGUCUCCCCACGGGGACCAGGACUCUCAGUGUCCCAGCUCGUGGCCUCGCCACGGAGCACAGGCCAGACCCUGCAAGACACCACACGGGAUGGGGGCAUCACCCACCUGGAGGCCGACCUGGGCUCGCCAGACACAGAGCCCUGUGCCAGUGACCAGCUGCAGGCGCUGCCCUUCACCCCGCUGCAGCUGCCCAUGGCUGCAGUGGGGCUGCAGGCAUGCAGUUCCCAUGUGUCCCUAUCUCGUGCUGCUCUGGCACGCCUGCACGCUGCCGGCUUCCCAGACAUCCUGGACUGCAACCAGGAGCCAGUGGAAAUCUCAGAGCCAGUGGAGCUGGGCUGCUUCAACCUGCGGCUGGAGGAAGCUGACCCUCUGCAAGGCAAUGAAAUAGUCCUGCAGUUCCUGGCUUUUGGAAGAGAUGCCCAGGGCGGCGUGGAGGGGCUGUGGCCAAGGACUGUCUUCCUCACCUUCCAGUUCUACCGUUUCCCACCGGUCACCACGCCCCGGCUGCAGCUGGUCAGCAUGGAUGGGGGGCUGGCCACCGAGCUGGCUGUGCCAGCUCAGCUCCUUGUCCGUGUCAACGAGGAUGGGACCUUAACCAAACCACCAGGCUUGCAGCUGAAGUACAUGGUGGAUCCAGCUUUCCUGAGGCCUGGGGAGCAGCGCUGGUUCCUGCGGUACCUGGCUGAGCACAGCCUCCAGAUUGACGUCUGGGAUGGAGACUCCCUGCUCCAUUUUGGGUCUGCUGCCAUUAAGCUGGAGCCCCUGCUGCGCCAGGGCCAGCUGGCUGUCAGGACCUACCACGAGCUGGAGGUGGCCACGACGGAGUACGAGCCGGACGGGACGGUGCUGGGCCGGGAGGCGCUGAGGCACGGCGCCCUGCGGCCCCUCGGGGUCCGUGUGGCUGUCAGGGGCCACCUCCACCUCUGCCUGGCCAAUAUUGGUCACCCAUGCGAGGAGAUGCCAGGGCAGCUGCCAUCCCAUUCCUGCAUUGUCACUGCACCAGACAGCACUGUCACCGCCCCAGGUGGCAGGGGGUACUCCUUGAACACUCCUGGUGGCAGGAGGACGGCGUGGGCACGGAGGCUGGUGGAUGUGGACAAUGAGCUGGAGGCCGCGCUGCGCAGUCGCCGGCCAGAAGGCUGGCCAAAGCAGCGUGCCUGGGACCUGCAGGUCAUCGACUCCUACCGGGAUCACAUCAAGGGAGAGAGCAUCUACCAGAUGCUCAGCCAGGCCAUCACAGCCACCCGCACUGUCCACGCUGUGCUGGGCACAGCUGAGUUCUUUGAGUUUGCCCUGAAGAACCCCUACAGCGUCCAGCACACCGUGACCAUCGAGGUCGACCACCCUGAGCUCAGUGUCAUCCUGGACCCCAGGGAGUGGCGCCACUUCAAGGAGCUGACCAAGAGUGUUACACCGGUGGAAGAGGAUAUGUUCCACCUCCGUGAGGACCUCAAGCCUCAGGUCUACCUGCGCCCCAGUGAGACUGUCCACAUCCCCUUCAAGUACCAGACCUUCUCUGCAGACCCUGCUGUGGUUGCAGCACAGGGGCCAGCUGGGCUGGGCACUGGUGCCAAUGACAAAGCUCACUCCUUUGGGAAGAGUGGGGCCAAGCAGACAAAGCUCAUCCAGGUCUCCUUCCAGGUGAGCAGGGGGAAGCCCAUUGCACUCCUGCGGGUGAAGGUGGAGCCUCAGCCCCAUGUGGUGGACCAGACCUUUCGCUUCUACCACCCAGAGCUCACCUUCCUGAAGAAAACCAUUCGGCUGCCUCCCUGGCACACCCUCCCUGGCACGCCAGUGGGGGUGCCAGGAGGGCAGCCUGAGAUGUUUGUUCGCUGCAGCGACCCCGACAUCAUUUGUGAAACCAAAUCCUUGGGGCCUGGCGAGCCACAGGACAUCUUUCUCAAAGUAGCUGGAGGACCAAGCCCACAGAUCAAAAAAUUCUUUGUUGCUAUUUAUACGGACGCCUGGCUGGCAGCACCUGUGCAGAUCUGGCAGUUCUACCUGCACUCUCUGCAGCGCCUGGAUGUCGCCUGCACGGCUGGGCAGCUGACGCGCCUCUCCCUGCUGCUGCGCGGCACCGCGGCCCCGCGGAGGGUGCGCGCCUUCACCUCCCACCCCCAGGAGCUGGAGGUGGAUCCCAACGGUGCCUUCCUCCUCCCCGCCAAUGGCAUUCAGGACCUGUACAUCGGUGUGAGGCCACGGCGGGCUGGCAGCAAGUUCAUCUACCUCAACCUGGUGGAUGUGGAGUCCCACCAGCUGGUGUCCUCCUGGCUGCUCUGCCUGUCCUGCAGGCAGCCUCUCAUCUCCAAGGCCUUUGAGAUCUCUCUGCCUGCGGGAGGUGGGAAAGGCUGCAACAAACGCAUCACCUACACCAACCCCUACCCCUCACCCCGGCUCUACUUCCUGUGCACCAACCGCCCUGACCUGCUGCAGUUCAGGGAGGAUUCCUUCGAGGUGGCUGGAGGGGAGGUGUACACCAUCGGCCUGCGCUUCGCCCCGAGCCAGACUGUGGGAGAGGAGGAGAUCCUGAUCCACAUCAAUGACCACGAGGACAAGAACGAGGAGACCUUCUGCGUGAAGGUCCUGUACCAGUGAGGCUUCCUGCCUGUCACUGCAAAGCUGCAGGUUCCUGUGCCAGCUCACACCACCUUGGGGGUGGCUCUGUCUGUCUGAGGGUGCUCAUGACCCCCAUGGCCUGGCUGUCACCUUGCCAGGCUGGGGGGUGUCUCUGUCAGUGGGAUCCCUGGGCAUUGCCAUGAGUGCUGGUAGUGCCACACAGCUCCAUCUGCACAAAUUGAGAUGAGUGGAUGUAUUUGCUACAGCACUUUGUACUGCAGGAUCUGUGUUUUGUUAGGCAUGAUGAUAUUUCAGGCACUUUUAAUCUUUUUUUAACUUAAAAAGUUUGCAGAUUUGAUUCUGCAGAAUAUUUUUAAAGUAUUUUAUAUUCAGCGGUGAGUUUUGUACACACUAAGGCAAUUUUACGAGUGUUUUUGACACUUUUUACUCAUCCUUGAUGCAUAAAAAUCGCUGUGCACAACUGUCAGAGUGUGGCAGCAUUUUCUUCCUGAGAAGAUGGAAAUCCUCAGCAUCCCUGUCCUGUGGAGAAGAGUCCUGGAGGUCUCCUGCAUCACCCCCACCCCCUUCAGCAGCAUCCUGGGGGUCAGGGCAGGGACCAUAAAUGGGGCUGGGAGGAUAGGGCAGCCCACCAGCUCUGGAAAUGCUGCCUCACUCUGCACAGGCCCCAGGCUGGUGAAUUAGUGGCCCCGAUAAAGUCGGGUGCCGAGUUCCUCUGCCUCCCUCGCACUGAUGGGAAAUGACAGCUCAUAUUUUAGAAAUGAUUAUACUGUCUGCAGCACAGAGAGGCCCCGAAGUUGGGUUAUUAAAGUAGAUUAGCUGAAUAAUUUUUAUUACAUUUUCACACAACGAUAUUUCUUGAGGCUUAUGAAUGAGCUGGUGCUGUACCUGCAGCACAGGCAGCUCGAGUGGUGAAUGAUGUGCCAGCGUUCAGGGUAUGCCAGCACAGGGACUCGAGCUGAGCUGGUGCUUGAAUGGUGCUGCCUGCUCCCCUGCAGCACAUGUCUGUGGCACAAAAUCUACAGAGCUGUCAUCAAGAAAAGCUGAUAAAACUUUCCCUGUAGAAAAUGCAAGUGCCUUGUGACCCAGCUGCUUGGCAUUAUGGCCACGGCCCUUGGAGUUGCUGCUGCUGCUGCCUCUCAGACUCAAGUGUGGGGGCAGCUUCUUGGGUUCCCACUUCUUAAUGAAGUAAUCCCUGCUAAUGACAAUGAACUCGAGCACCCGUGCCUGGCAUGCAGCUCAGUGUGCUCUUCCCAUUUGCAUGCGUGUCAGGAGGGAAACUGGAUUCCAGUAAUGACAAAAUUAAUUUGCCCUAAAAACCUCGGUUUGUGUCUCAUCACCGAGGUGUGCAGGGAGGGGAGGGAUUGAAAAGUUCUUUCCAUGGGUUCAGUAAUUCUCAGGGGUGUUGUCCUUCUUGGAGCAGAUGCAGAUGAGACCUUUUGGGGACUGGAGUGUCACUGCCUUGGCAAAGGCAUUGCAGGAAUGGCCACAGAGGAGUAAGGACAGCAGGGAGACCUGGCCCCAGCACCCAGGCCAGGGAGGGGCAACUAAAAUCUGCAACUAGUAAUGAGAAAAUAAGGUAAAAAUAAGAAAAACCAAGAGGGAUGAAGCUCCUGCAGCAGCUGAGGGCCCUUUGGAAAGUGGCUCUCAGAAUGCCCCAGCCUCAGCAGGGUUUGCCGCCAGCCCAAACUUUCAAACCCAGCUUGUUUUCCCCAUUAUGAGGAGGAAAUUGCGACUGCCUGAGAAGCCUCUAAUUAAACAAAGCCUCACCAUAAUAUUUGCUGGGAGCUCGCCAGCCCUGUAAUAUGACAUUACCGGGCAUCUUUAUUAGCUGAAAUGAGUAUUUAGUGCCUCUGCCAAACCAAAAGCUGAUUGAGGCGCAUGGAAGCAGCAUGGCAGCAUCCAGCAAAGGUUCCUGCAACCUGCAGCAUCGCCCUGGGAGGCUUUCCACUGAGACAAACCCUUUCUUGGUUAUUUCCAUGUCUCCCAAAUCCAGCCCAGCAGCCCCAGCGUGGGAGUUUGGGAGGUUUAUUCCCUGUUUCUCCCUCUUGUCUUCUGAAAGCGCGUCACCGACUUGAUAAAACCUGAUUUAAUGGUUACAAAACCCAGAGAUAAAGCUGCUCUUAAUGGAUUUCUUUAAGAUCAAGGCUGUCAAAUAGGAGGCUCAGAAUCCUUUCUACAGUGAGAGCGACUGUAUUAAGUGCACUCAAUCACACCCAGGCGAAGGUUCCCUAAGUGAGACACUGGCUGGAGGAAAUGCAUUUUAUUAGUGUCUCCGGAGAAAGGAGUCUGGCAGGAGCUGUGAGGAGCCUCUGAGCUGCAGUGGCUGUGCUCCUGUUGGAUGGGAUGUGGAGGAUUUUGCAAAGCACACCCUCACUCCCUGGUUGGUCCCACAGAGAGGAGAGUGAUGGGUGCCAUGGUGACAUCGAAGGAGUUGGUCUGUGGGAGAAAAACCCUGAGGGAACGAUGCUCACCUGGGGAUGGUGCUCACAAAACACACCUCAAAAUCCACCCCAUUUAGCUCAGCUCCUGCAAGGUCUGAUGGAGAAUGGCACGUCCAAGGGGGUGAUGCUCAGAGGCUUUUGGAGGUGUCAGGUGGAACUCACCCCAACCAAAGCGAGGGGUGGAAGGAGAGGGGCCUUGGUAGCUCUGGGCAGACCAAAGCUUAAAACACAGAUUAGUUUUUCAUAACAAUUCGCAGCUCCAUAAUGAGAAAUUUGCAGCAGUUCUAAACUGCCGGUUGCUUUUAAAUCAUUUCCCGUCUUUCUGUCUCAGGCUUGACAUUUGAUGAUGAAUUGAGUCUCUGUGUUCAUUUACCCACUGAUUUACUGUACGGAGGUGGGAAACCGCAGCCACCUUAGUGAAGGUCAACAUGGAACAUUUGCCUGUAAUUUCCAAAUACUAUUAAGGUUUUUAAAUAAAUGUGUGGGUGCUGUAGGCAAUGAAAGCCCCUCUUGCAAGGCUGAUGCUGCAGGGGAUUCUUUUGGGUGGUGCAAAUCACUUGGCUCAUCAGCAUGAGGGUACAUCAGACUGCACCCCAAAUUCGUGUUUAGAGAGCACUUGAUUUUAGGGGCACUGAGCUGCUCCUCACCUCCCAGCACAGAUUAACAUCAGGCUCUUGUCCUGCUUUCCUGUGGCUUGCCAAACGCUGCACUCGUCCAGGGAAGUUGGAGAGAGCUGCCCCGUGGAUCCCCCUGAGAUUCUGGCUUUGUCUCCUGCUGCAGGACCUGGCUGUUUGUGGCUGUGGAUCUGUUUGGGGGCUGUGAGCAGGAGGUUUGGCUGCGCAAAUGUCACGCAGAUCUUAUCUCAGGGGAAGCAUCAUUCAGUAAUUACAGCAAAUGAAAAGUCCUGGAAGCGAAGCCUUGGAGGCUGCAGCCUUCUGUUUAUCUCCAAAGUAUGUGUGGAGGGAGCUGGGAGCAGGAGGUGCUGGUGGCUGCAGUCCCUGUGGUGUGGGGAUGGUGUCAGGGUUUGCUUUCACCCAGGGUGCAGGCAGCAGGAUGCUCUGAGCUCUGCCUGCAUCAGCCAUCUGCCCCCUUGCUGCAAAUUAAUAAGCAAAUUCAGGAAAAAGAAAAAAAAUUAAAAGUCUCUCUAUGGAUAAUUUGUGCACAGAAAAGGGGCCAAAUGAAUUAAAUAAAUCAUUUGCUGCUACACUGCUCCC